AUGGAUUAUGGAUUGGCAAAGAAGCUACAAUUUAACAGCUUGCUGAAAAUCCUUUAUAUCCUCCCAGCAGUUGUUUAUGGCCAGUUGCUUCCUUUGGAAGAUGCAGAAUAUGAUGAGCAAGUGGUCAAAGGGGUGCAUAACCGCUCAGUGAGGCUGGCAUGUGGUGACAUAGUGCAACCCCUGGUUGUCUUCUGGAGUUUCACCAAACCCGGCUCCCUCAUUCCCAGAGCUGUGGCCAUCAGCAAUGGCCUUGAGUCCAAGGUGGAGAAGGCCUCUGCCGUUCUGGGGGAGAUCAGUUUGAGGAACAGCACCCUAGAGAUUAAGAAACUCCAACAAGCUGCUGAGGGACAUUUCAUGUGCCAAGCCUUGUACGAAGUGGACGGAGAGAUCAAAGUGGCUUAUUUCUACAUUCAGCUUUUUGUCUUGGUCCCAGUUCCCAAGCCCUUUCUGCAGAUAAACAAUUCAACACCCGUGGAAGGCAUGCUGGUUGUGAUGAUCUGCACAGUGAAAGAAGGGACACCUCCUAUCGCUUAUUCUUGGCAGCGCUACACUAACCGAGAUGGCAUGGUAGUUCUUGCUGAAGCAGGGACGCAUCUCUUAAACCUGACCUCAGCAAACCGGACACACAUGGGUUGGUACACCUGCACAGCCCACAAUGAGGUCAACAGCCAAACCAGCGAUGAGAUGUACCUUGACGUUAUCUAUGGUCCAGAUGAGCCAGUGAUCAGCAUAGAGCCAUUUGCAAUUAACCAACACGGCUUCUCAGCCAAUGAACAAGAAGAGGUUAUUAUGACAUGCCUAGCUCCUUCCAAUCCUCCCAGCUACUACAUUUGGUUCUACAACAGCUCUCAAGUCUACUCCGGACAGAAGUAUGUGAUUGCCAGAAUCUCACGGACUCAAACAGGCAUCUAUACUUGCCUAGCUCAGAAUAUGCACCUGAAUACUCGGACCCAGGCCACUAUUAUCUUGACUGUCUAUUAUCUGCCCAAGGGACUACUCAACUGCAUGUCGCUGCCUGCCUCCAAUUUCCAAGACCUUGCUCUGCAUUGUUUAUGGCCAGGGGGAUUCCCUUCAGUGCACUUGCGGUGGGUAAAAUCGAAGGCAGAAGAAACUGACACGGGAAGCUUCUCCAGAGCUAUUCAAAUCCAUCAGGGUGCAGAUGUUCCCAAUGGGACUUCCUAUAUCUGCCUGGCUUCUCAUCCAGCACUGAGAAAGGAUGCCGUUUGCAGGACCACUGUCUGGGUUCCCAAAGGGAGCUUGGCCUGCAGUGUGGUAGCAACCAAACUGAAUGAAUUCCUCAUGUUGACCUGUGACUGGCCAGGUGGAGAACCUCAGGUGACACUCUGGUGGAGAGACUGGAGGCAUCACAUGCUGGGAAGCAUGAAACCAUCACACAAUGUUUUUGUCAUGAAGCCCAAUGCCACUCUUGGAGGCAAGACGUUCACCUGCAUGGCAGCUCACCCUCUGUGGGCAAGAACUGCUGAGUGCCACAUCCAGCUGGAACCCCCCAGGAUUAUGGUGCAACGGUCCCAGGUGUCGUUGUUCGAAGGCAGUGAGGUCCAGUUGGCCUGCUUCCUCCAAGGUGCCUAUCUGGGCUCUGAAGUCUUCUGGUACAAUAAUAAGAACCAGCUCAUUACAGCAAACACUAGGAAAUACCAUCUGCAGCAGGAGAAUACUUGGUUUAAUUUGACUGUCCAGGACACAGAAUGGAUACAGGACAGUGGCACCUACCGAUGUGCUGCCAUCAACGCUGUGGGCAAUGCCUCUGCCACCAUCAGCCUCCAGGUAAAAAAGUAUCCCAACCCACCCAAUGUGACAAUCAGCAGACUGAUGUACACUCGCCCCCGUACAGAGGUGGAACUGGAAUGGGAAACUCGAGGCUCAGGAAACCUGACUGGCUUUGUAGUCCAGAGGAAAGAAGCAAAAAAGACCAGCCCAAAGCAGAUAGCCAGCAGCUGGGAAACAGUGGCCAACAACAUUGACCCUGAUGUCCGUGGCCGAAAACUGGGUGGCCUGGAUCCUGCAGUGGCCUAUGCUUUCCGGAUCCUUGCAGUCAACCAUCGCACCACUGGGUAUCCCUCUGAAGUGAAGACCCCAGGGCUGGAGCUGAAACUCGUGAACAAAUUGGGACUCCAGAAGACGCUGAGAUGCCAACAGGAAUUAGUGAUGCAGCCAAUGAGCAUGUUGAAGAAGCGAGUGAGCAGGUUGGAGAGACUUCCACAACAACUGGAGAAACACCAGCAGAGGCAAUUCAGAAGGAAGCUGUGCUGACCUCAGAGGAUCCAACAGGGGCCCAAGAAGAAGUGCCAACUGAGGAUCCAGUUAAUGUUACAAUCACAGUGACAGCCACCCCAUGACUACCAGUAAACCUGACUCUUUAGCACUCAAGGUAGGGUAGGUUGGUUAAAGAUCUCCUUGAUCAGCAAUAGAAAGAAAGAAGCACAGGGAACAACUGUGGUGCACAGGAGAACCUGUGGGUGUCAUUCCAGUUUUUGUGUUAUGCAAGGUCUUUCCAAAAAGGAAAAGCAGAAGACCAUAUCUGAAGAGAUUUCAUUGUCACCCACAGAACCUAAGAGCUAUUUUGCAAAAAAAUAGGAGUGUUUUUCUGUAAACCAACAAACUGGCAGAGAAGUUACAAUAUGGGAUCGGACAUAAUAAGCUAGACAACUUUUGAAGCAAUAUAUUUUCCUGGGAUUGCAGAUGUUGCAGAGAUCACAGCUGGGUCACUGAAACAGAACUCAUGGAUCAACAAAUGCUGAACUUUUUGUUAAGAACCUGUGUACAUUUUUGGUGACUCUGUUAAGCUGUUUCAUGCAUUGGUAUCGGAGACAUCUUGUUUUCUUAGGGAUGGAAAACUCAAAGGCUUGAAUUGGAUAGAUGUAAGAGGAGUCCGUGCUGUUUUGAAGCUUUGCCUCCGUUUAACUUCACCAUCCUAAAAUGCAACAGAUAAAUUGAAUUAAAUGGGUAUUUAAAUACUCCAGAAUGAAAGCGCAUCACCCCAUUGUCCUGUAGGAAUUUAGCACCCACCCCCCUCCUAGAAGAAUGAAAUAUUCUAGGAAAUAUUUUAAAAAGCAGAAUAUUAUACCUUCCUGGAUGAGAAAUGGAGAAACAUAUUUUAAAGACAAAGGAACUCCCUGCAACUUCCUGACUCCCCCCCCACCUUUGUCAAUGGGCCAUUAAAAGCCUCAGCUAAGCUCACUCAUUCUCCCCACCUUUGUCAAUGGGCAAUUAAGGCUUCAACCAAGCUCACUCAAUCCCCCCAUGAUUUGCAACACAAUACAACUGAAACUCACCACAUGGCAAGGCUCAAGCAAGCUUGAGAGACAGCCAGCAAGGCUAGCUAAGACCCCCACCCCCUGGGAGUCUGACAACCAAUCAGGAUACUCUUCCUGUGCCCCAGAAAGGUCAAAGCUCAGAAAAAUCAUAAAACCAGGGAGCACACAGGAUCUCGGGCCCUUUUCUGUUCAGGCUCUCAAGCCAUGUGAUCCUGGCCACCAUUAAACCAUCUUUCCAAGCAGCCUCCACGUUUCCAGUGUCUUUGUCCCCACUUGGAACUGAACCCAGAUGGAUAUUUCUUCCAACAGUCCUUUAUUUCACACGGCUUGUAGACAUGGCAUUAUCUAAUUGAGUCCAAUUGAAGGAGAAACCACCAGGUCCAAUUGGUCACUGCUGAAUUACAUCUACCAUAAAUAUGAUACCAUAAAUUAUGCGUGCAAAUAGAAAAUUGAGAUUCCACACACUCUCUGGUUUUGGAAAAGGGUAUCAUGUUUCGGAUAAUAAGGAGGUUGGAAUUGGAAACCACAUACAUAUUUAAGUUCAUGUCUGUCCUCUUUUUGUUUUUAUUGAGCCUUAAGCCAAGCUUACAAAGGCAAGUUAUGCAUUCUUCCAAAAAGGUUUGUGUCCAACAUGGUCACAAAAAUGUCCCAACAACAUACACAUUCCUAACUUCCCAUUGCAAUAUGGAAUCUGUGCCUUUUAGGAGCUGAACUAAAGUUCCAGCAUCCUUCAUUCCUAAGGCUACUUUCUAAGGUUGCAGGUGAUUAAUUGUUCAGCAAUAUACUUCCCUCAAUCAACAACCAAUAAUGUAGGACUAUUUUUUUAUUUAUUUGUCACAACAGUAUAUAUAAGCAUAAGCAUGAAACAACUAUACAACACAUAAGCGUAUAUAUAAUGAAAGUAAACAAUAGGACAGGAACGGUAGGCUCUUUAGUGCUCUUAAGCACGCCCCUUAGUGCAUAAGAGCUAUUUUUAACUAGCUAUUUUCCCCCAACGUAUUCUCUACUGAAUGUGCAAACGGAGGCUGCAUUUUUCCAGAUUAAUCUUUUCCCAGUUUAAGCCAGAGCUGGAGAACACAGGAGGUUAACUGCUUGUUUUUUUUUUCACAUUCCAGCCCAUUCUUCUUGCAAAAUGAUAACUUAGCAACAUAAUGGGAAUUGCCAGGUCAUAAGCACCCACCCUGUCUUAUCUGGCAAGGAGUCUUUGCAUUAUGAAGUUUUAGUGUGUUGGUUUUUGUUGAAGGCAGCCAAGCCUUGGACAGCUGAAAUAAUGAAUCACCUCAGCAAACAAUGCCUGUGGUUGUGGUUUAGUCAUCUGUUGACCUGAUGGAUGGGUGGGGCAGAGAUGGAUUCAUUCACCACAUCAUUGCUUGCUACCACAAUUUAAUACAAUUUAAUAGCUCCUUUGUAAGGAGCAACUUUUGCAAUAAACCAACCCUUCACAUCGAACGUUUAGAGCAGGGUGUCCAACCUCAGCAACUUUAAGACUUGUGGGCUUCAACUCCCAGAAUUCCUCAGCCAGCCAGCUGGGGAAUUCUGGGAACUGAAGUCCACAAGUCUUAAAAGUUGCCUUCAGGGAUUCCCUGUAAUGACAUCACAACACUUCGGGUUCUCAACAUACUGUUCUCAACACACUGUUGUAAAGCAUGUAUUCUGGCAAAUAUAGAUAUAAAUCUGUAGUCCAUGGAGUUGUUUUGUCCCAAAAUGCACUACAAUUUUCUUCCAUUUAAGAAUAUGGAAGGGGAUGCUUCCACUGGGUAUACCAGCACUGGGAAAUGCCUCAAUAUCUAGCCCAAUCCUGCUUGUAAAUGUUACAAGAACAAUCUCAGAGGUAUAAAUAAUCCUCACAUCAAUAAAGAAACUAGUUAAGCUGGAUGAGGGUGGAGAAAAAAUGAGGCAAUUGAGGGGGAGAGGGAGAAAGCCAAGGUAAAGUUUUGAGGAUGAGGGCACUUAUAGGAUUUUAUUGUGCCUUCUCCCAAAUCAAUGAGAAUUAAGAUAAAAUGGAUACCAUAAUUACAUUUUCCUCAUUAAGGAUGAUCAUAGGAUAUCUCCAAUCAUUUGGACAAUGAAUUUGGACUUUCCUCCUUUUGAGAUAGGUUGUACAGCUGCUAUUUUAUCUCUCGGGGGAUUCAUUAGACCAGGGGUCUGCAAACUUGGCAACUUGUGGACUCAAACUCCCAGAAUUCCUCAGCCAGCCAUUCAGGCUGGGGGAUUCUGGGAGCUGAAGACCACAAGUCUGAGAGUUGCCAUGUUUAGAGGCCCCUGCAUUAGACAGUAGUUAAGAAAGGUCAAAAGAAAACUGGGGAUGCAUGAUUUGAAACA